CUCGCAAUAAAUAAAUAAUUAAUUUCAGCCUUAGUAUUACCAACCCGACCUUCCCCACCCCCCAAAAUACAGUGUUUUUUCAAACUCUUUUUAAGCCAGAAACGGGACUCUGAUUCCUCCUACUCUGCGCUCCUGAUCUAACCUAAAAGCAAAAAAGAUAUUUCUUUUCCUUUUUUUAAUCUCCCUUUCUCUUUCUCUCUCAAGAGUAGUUUGCAGGUGCGAAGACCCUGAUGGUUUCUGCCCAUUAUAUAAGGUGGUGAUCUUUGUGUGACUCGGGUCUGGUUUUGCUGCUGCCAUUAAUGGAGAAGAUGGAGUGUCAGGGGCUUUUCCGGUUGCUCUUCGAGCUUUGCUUCGUUUCCGGCUUCAUGCUUUCUGCAGUGGCAGCAGGUGGCUCUGUAGGCAUAAACUACGGUCGAGUGGCCAACAACCUUCCCUCCGCUGUUAAGGUCGUCACCCUCCUCAAGAAACAAGGCAUUGACAAGGUGAAGAUCUACGACUCUGACCCUGCUGUCCUACAAGCCCUCAGCGGCUCCGGCAUCUCCGUCGUCAUUGGCCUCCCCAACGAGCAGCUCUUUGCCACUGCCCGCCGCCAGUCUGCGGCAGAGGAGUGGGUCUCGAAGAAUGUUGCCAAGUACCUCCCCAACACAAAGAUCACCACCAUUGCCGUCGGCAAUGAGGUGUUCGUCGACCCCCACAAUACCACUCGAUACCUCAUCACGGCAAUGCAGAAUGUUCACUCUGCCCUGGUUAUGUAUAAGAUCGAUGACAAGGUGAAGGUUUCGUCGCCGAUUGCUCUGAGCGCACUGCAAACAUCGUACCCGAGCUCGGCUGGGGUUUUCAAGCAGGAUUUGGCCGAGGUGGUGAUGAAGCCGAUGCUGGAGUUUCUCAGGCAGACGGGUUCGUACCUCAUGGUGAACGCCUACCCGUUUUUCGCUUACAAAGACAAUGCAGAUGUGAUAUCGUUGGACUAUGCUCUGUUUAAGCCCAACGCCGGAGUGGUGGAUUCCGGGAGCGGGCUCCAGUACACCAACCUGUUGGAUGCGCAGCUGGAUGCUGUGAAUGCUGCCAUGGCAGCAUUGAAGUAUGGAGACGUGCGCACCGUUGUGACCGAGACAGGUUGGCCGUCGAAGGGCGACGAAAACGAAACAGGCGCCUCCCUCGCCAACGCUGCGGCCUACAACAGCAACCUGGUGCGCCGGGUUUUGUCCGGCAAAGGCACCCCCCUCCGCCCACAAACGCCACUCGAAGUCUAUCUCUUUGCCCUCUUCAACGAAAACAAGAAGAACGGCCCCACCUCCGAGCGCAACUACGGUCUCUUCUUUCCGGACGAGGAAAAGGUCUACAAUGUGCCUUUACUCAUGGCGAAGUCCGGCGAUGAUCACAAGGGGUCGAGCCCUCCGGUGGACGUUGGUAGCGCCGCUGGGGGGCAGAGCUGGUGCGUUGCUAGCGAGGAGGCGAGCGAGGAUCAGUUGCAGGCGGCCCUUGAUUAUGCCUGUGGGGAGGGUGGUGCUGACUGCAAGGAGAUCCAGCCGGGGGCUUCCUGCUACGACCCCGACACGCUCAAAGCGCAUGCAUCCUUCGCCUUCAAUAGUUAUUACCAGAAGAACGCCCGCACCACCGGCACCUGUGAUUUUCAUGGUGCUGCCUAUGUAGUGUCCCAGCUUCCGAAGUUUGGUAAAUGCGCGCUGCCAACUGGUUUCUGACACCUUGUCGCAGGCUGAUGGUCCACUGGCUUUUGUCGAGCAGUAAUUUCUUAGGUAGUAGACAGAGAGGGAUGUAUUGUAUCUAAUUUAUCAGUGUGACGCGUUGUUUCCAUGCUUGUAUAGAAAAUGGACUUUUUAUUGUUUAGAAUUUAGACACUGUUAUUAUUAUUUUUUUCUUCCAAUCUUGGUUUAGGCAUAGUGUUGGAUUAAUUUCUCUUGGAAUGGAUUUUUACACAUUUUCUCGUCUUUU